AUGGCGGAGACCAACAGCCAGCGCGGCGGCAUCGUCCUCUUUGGCGAUGGCUCGGAGCCGCCCGCGUCGGACACCAUCUCGCUCCAACAAUCGUUCGAAGACAUUGCGUCCGAUGUCGAGUCGGUCGUCGUUCCCAACGCGUUUACGCGCAAGCCGCCGCCGGCAUCGUACACGUUCCGCACCAACUUUACGACCAAGCCGGCGCUCGGGCUCUACGAAGGCCACCCGAGCGAGGAGGCCAUCUUGGAAGAGUCGCCGACGCGCAACCGCGCGCAUGGCGACUACCUCGACGGUGCCAAGACGCUCAACCCGCUCACGAUCCUCGUGUGUGCAGGUAUUGGCGUCGCGGUCGGCUUUGGCCUCUCGCGCCUCAACGUGAGUCCAGAUGCUGCAUCGUGGAUCGCACUCCCGGGCGACCUCUUUGUGAGCGCACUCCGGUGCCUCAUCGUGCCCAUGGUGUUUUGCUCGAUGGCCGCGUCCGUUGCCGACGUCAUUGCCGCCAAGAAGACGACGCUUCUUGGGUGGCGCACGGUGCUCACGAUCGUGCUCUCCGUUACCUUCUCCGCGGUGCAAGGCAUCGUCAUCUCGGUGCUCUUUCAAUCGCGGUUCGUGCCCGACGCGGCGCUGGUGGUCGAAAAAAGCGCGAUCAAUAUGACGUUCACGCUCCAGUGCCACAACUCGAACUACCUCGAGAUGCUUCCGAGUGGCCGCAUUGCGUGCAGCGCAGCCAACGCAUCGCAAUCCUCCACGCUCUUUGACGUGAUUGACGUCAACGGACUGUACCGGUUCGAGACGCCGUUCCAAACGCUGACGCUCACCGACCAGCUCAUCUCGGUGCUGCAGUUGAUCGUGACCGACAACAUCUUUAAGCUCAUCAUCAUGUUUGCCCUGCCGUUUGGCGUUGCGAUCGCCAAGUCGUUUGCGGGACCUAUCUCGGACAACCUUCUCGUCGUGCUCAUCAAGCAGACGCGGAAUGCGAUGCUGAUUCUGAUCAACACGGUCAUGCGCCUUACGCCAAUCGCAGUGGUCUUUUUAAUCGCAUCGGCCGUCAUUUCGUUUAGCUCCAACGCCAGCAACGUCGCGGGUCAAGUGGGUUUCGCCGUCCUUGCGUUCGUGCUUGGCAGCAUAAGCCACGUCUUGCUCGUCAUGCCGAUCUUUCUCUUUCUGACGACGCGCAUCAACCCGUACAACUACAUUCGGCAACUCACGUCAGCGUACGUCUUUGCCUUUGGCUGUGCGUCUUCGAUGGCCGCGCUGCCCAUUGCCGUCUCGUCGAUCCACCAGACCCGCCAAGUGUCGCGGCCGUUCGCGCAACUCAUCAUGACGCUCGGGACUCCCGUGAACCUCAACGCGUGUGGCAUGUACUACCCGAUUCUCGUCACGUUCAUGGCCAACAUGUCAGGGAACGGCGACAGCCUCGGCUUACCGCAGUGGAUUGUCAUGUUUUUUGUCAGCAUCUUGGCGUCCAUGGGCACGGCGCCCGUCCCCAACUCGGGCCUCGUCAUGCUCAUUACGGUCUGGAAGACGGUUUUUCCGAGCAAGGACCUGCCCGCGGCAUUUUCGUACGUCGUCGCCAUCGACUUUAUCAUGGACCGCAUCGCAACCAUGGUCAACCUCAACGGCAACAUGGUGGUCACGCGCAUUCUCUCCGAGCAGGUCGACGAAGCCAUGGAAGUCUGGGCCAACGAGCAGAUUGUCCGCUCCGACUUUCCGACCAAUGUCGUGGCGUUUUAA